AUGGAGGUUGUGUCUAGGAGGCUGUGUGAGUCGUUGUGGAGUCACGAAGAUGUGGGGUGGUUUUCGAAGCCGGCGGUGGGGCAUUCUGGAGGUCUCUUAAUUUUGUGGGAUAAGUCUAAAUUUGUGCUCUCUGAAUUCUUCAUGGGAACUCAUUAUAUUGGUGUGGUUGGUUGUUUGGUAGGUGAAAGCCAGAAGGUGUCAGUGGUGAAUGUGUAUGCUCCGUGUGAUCUAGAAGGCAAGAAAGGAUGCUGGCGUGAGUUAAUUCAGGAGAUCGAGGCUAGAGGGGGGGAUCGGUGGUGUGUGGUGGGAGAUUUUAAUGCCAUAAGAUGUGAGGAGGAGAGGAAAGGGGUUCGAGGUUUCGAUAGAAGGGAGGAGAUGCGGUUAUUCUCAGAUUUUGUCAAUUCUUCAGGAUUGUUAGAUCUACAAAUGUUUGGGAGACAAUUUACUUGGUUUAGAAAUGAUGGCAAAACUAUGAGUAGAUUGGACCGGUAUCUUGUUUCUGUGGAUUUUGCAUCGUCACGGGAAGGGUUGGAACAAUGGGGUCUUCCUAGAGGCAUGUCAGAUCACUGUCCUGUGUUACUUAAGACAGGUGUAUCAGAGUGGGGACCUAAGCCGUUUCGAGUCCUCAACUGUUGGUUCGACGACAUUCGAUUUAAGCCUUUUGUGGAAGAUGUCUGGGGGAGAAUGGAGAUUAGGGGGAAGAAGUGUUUUGUGUUGAAGGAAAAAUUGAAAGAAUUUUACAAAACCUCGAAUUCUCAAGGUGAGAGCGAGACUCGCCCCAGUACUCGUCGCUGCCCCCGCCGCUGCUUUCUGUCCACAUUCCGCCACGACAACAGCCUCUCUCGGCGUUUUGUUCCAUCGCACAGUCCACGUAACAGUAUCCGCACUCAGGUGUUCCAUUUUUCCUCCUUCGGUUCCUUUUCCCUUCUCCCUCCAUCUGUUGUCAUGGCGGUGGAGAAGGAAAAGCUUCAGGAAGAAUCUGUAGUCUGCCGCUUCUACCAGAUUAUUCUUAGUUGGGACUACUUUGCUCUCGUCAAGGAAUCCAAGAAGCAGAAAAACAGAGAGAAAAAAGGGCCUGUGGAGUUGACGCUUGUUAAGGUUAAGACCCAAUACAAAGAUGUUGAUGAUUAUAUUACAACGUAUGAACCCCUCAUCUUUGAAGAAGCCAAAUCCCAGAUCAUUAAGGAGAAAGAGGAGGAUGAGGUGACUGAAUGGAAAUUGGGGGUGGUAAAAAGUUGGAGUGAGGCGGAUGACUUUCACUUUAUAGAAUUCCCGUGUGAAAUCAAGGAGGGAGAAUCAAUAUCACAAAAUGAUCUUUUGCUGCUUUCGAAAGAUAAGAUUUUGGAUGGCAAAAGAUUACCUACUGUUUAUGCAUUUGCUUUGGUGGAACAUGUACGUAAAUUUUUUGAAACAAGACUUCUUCGAGUUAGACUUUACCUUGCAGGAGAGUUCUCACAUUUCAAUACAGAUAAUGUCCAAUCUUGCCCCAGGCUGUUUAACAUGCGUUCUCAUAUAUGUGAGACAGAGAGACAGUUGUAUUUUAUGAAGAUGUGCAGCUUAUCUACCAUUGCUCGUGAGUAUGUGGCUAUACGAACUAUAAGCUGUCUCCCAUACAAGGAUUUAAUAUUAAAUGCAGUUCCAGAGAAUUUUGGCACAGAAGUUGAGGGUUGGAAAAUCCCAAUACCUUUGAAGGAAUAUGUUGAAAGUACUUUCAAUCAGUAUCAACGUGAAGCCAUAACAGCUGGUCUAUCAUCAAAAGCCUUUGUCCUGAUACAGGGCCCCCCAGGGACAGGGAAGACUCAGACCAUUCUUGGGAUUCUAAGUACCAUUUUGCAUGCAACUCCUACAAGAGUGCAUUCAAAGACCUAUGAGCUAAGGCAGGGACCACAGAUGCCUGUUGAGGAGAAACAAAGACAUUGGGUACUAGCAUCUCCAUGGCUUAGUGGUAUUAAUCCAAGAGAUAGUUUGAUGCCGAAAGAUGGUGAUGAUGGUUUUUUUCCAACUACUGGAAAUGAAUUAAAACCUGAAGCUGUAACUUCAAGUCGUAAGUAUCGUGUAAGAGUGCUUGUAUGCGCCCCAUCAAACUCUGCCCUUGAUGAAAUUGUGUUGAGGGUUCUCAAUGGAGGUGUACACGAUGAAAAUGACCGUGCAUAUUGCCCUAAAAUUGUGCGGAUUGGUCUCAAAGCACAUCAUUCUAUCAAGGCUGUUUCCCUGGAUGAACUUAUGAAACAAAAACGUGCUGGUGCCAACAAAUCAGUCACCAAUAAACAGAGUAACGGUCCUGCAGGAAGUAAUGAUGACAGUAUACGCGCUGCAAUUUUGGAUGAGGCCACAAUUGUCUUCUCUACUCUCAGCUUUAGUGGUUCCCACGUUUUCAGUAAACUAAACCGCAGCUUUGAUGUUGUGAUUAUAGAUGAAGCAGCACAAGCUGUGGAACCUGCAACUCUUGUUCCUUUAGCCAACCAAUGCAAAAAAGUUUUUCUGGUUGGGGAUCCAGCUCAACUUCCUGCAACUGUAAUUUCAGACAAUGCUAAGAAUCAUGGAUAUGGCACAAGCUUAUUUGAAAGAUUGAUGCAGGCCGGUUAUCCAGUUAAAGUGUUGAAGACUCAAUACCGAAUGCAUCCUGAGAUACGAAGCUUUCCCUCUAAGGAGUUUUAUGAAGACUCAUUGGAAGAUGGGGAAGACGUCAAAUUACGGACAAAACGUGCAUGGCAUGAUUACCGCUGCUUUGGGCCCUUCUGCUUCUUUGACAUACAUGAGGGAAAAGAGGCUCGGCCGUCUGGCAGUGGUUCAUGGAUAAAUUCUGAGGAAGUUGACUUUGUACUAUUCUUGUAUCAAAAACUGAUUACACUUUAUCCGAUACUGAAGACUGGUAACCAAGUUGCAAUUAUAUCUCCAUAUAGUCAACAAGUCAAGCUCUUCCAAAAACGUUUUGAAGAGACCUUUGGGAUGUCAGCUGAGAAAGUAGUGGAUAUAUGUACUGUUGAUGGUUGCCAGGGACGGGAAAAGGACAUUGCAAUAUUUUCAUGCGUCAGGGCAAGCAAAGAUAAAGGUAUAGGGUUUGUGGAGGACAUCCGGCGAAUGAAUGUUGGGAUCACUAGAGCAAAGUCAGCAAUAUUGGUGGUUGGAUCUGCCUCAACUUUAAGGAGGAGCGAACAAUGGAACAAGCUAGUGGAAAGUGCAGAGAAAAGGAACUGUUUAUUCAAAGUUUCUCAACCGUAUUCCUCAUUCUUCAAUGAAGAAAGUCUGUCAUCCAUGCAAACAAAAGUGGAUGAACCGUCUAAUAAGGUGGUGGGACCUGCUGAUACGGUAGACAAUCAUACACAGCAUGACAAUGCUACCGCAGCAUAUAAUGAUCAAGCACAACCCGAGGACAAUGUGGGCGAUGUUGACAUGGAUGAUGGGGGUUUUGAUGACGAUUAAGGUUAGUUGUUAUGGUUGUGUAACGAGGAUCGAGGACAAGGAAAAUUGUAACCUGCACGCACUAAUCUGAAUAUUGAAAUUAUAGUAAAUUAUCUUUAAUGCAGAAAAAGGGUAUUGUACCCACUUCACCCAUUUUGAUUGCAUCAAUACUAUUCUCACAUCUGCAUUUUAUUUUUCUUAUUAUGCAAUCAUACUUUCUGUCUACACUUGCAUCUUUGCAAGUUGCAAGGAUU